CUCCCUCACCACCAGGGUGGAUCGGCUCGGCUGGUAGAUUUCCCUACAUGGUCAAACAGAUUUCGCAAUACUUCGAGCAGCUCCAGCUAACUUAUAUGGUCAACGAAAACGGACAAUACUCCCAAACUUUUUAUACUUUGUUGGGCAAUUGACGAUACGUAAAAGCAGACAAGACUCCAGUAACUCCAGUCUACAGGAGCCGAGUGGAUCCAGACACCAACCCAUUCGUCCAGAGUGUCACCCAACCAGCAGGCCAGUCAUAGCGGACGCGCAGUGAGACUAGUGGUCAGCGGAUCCAAACCAAAUGAGCAGGCAGACACAGCAGAAGAUAACCACACACCAGAACAGGGGGAGCGUUCGUGUGAUCCAGGACCAAGCUAGCGUACCAGCAGCAGCUACAACCACGCUCUCAGACCCACCGGGAGGAGGCUUACAGCAGGUUCCCCAGCCCCAGUUAGUCCCUGUGACCCCAGCCGGAGGAGGAGGAGGAGGCAAGGCCACCCCGCCCAGCAAGAUGAAGAAGACGUCAGGGGACAAGGACAGCGACGAGUACCGUCAGCGGCGGGAGCGGAACAACCUGGCGGUGAAGAAGAGCAGGAUGCGGUCUAAGCAGAAGGCCCAGGACACGCAGCAACGCGUCAAUGAGCUGAAGGAGGAGAACGAAAGACUGGAAGCUAAAAUCAAGCUGCUUAGCAAGGAGCUGUCUGUCCUCAAGGACCUCUUCCUGGAACACGCCCACAACCUGGCUGACAACGUCCAGGCGCCUGGCGCAGAGGGGGCCAGCCCCGCCCACAACAACAACAACAACAUCAACAAUGGGGCGUGUAACAACAACAACGGCCAGUGAGAAGAGGGCGGGGAUAUCUACCUCCUGGUAGAUUAGCGUCCCAAAAACAACACCCUAUCCCCUAUAUAGUGCACUACUUUUGACCAGGGCCCCUAUGGGGACUAGGGUGACAUUUGGGACACAACCAGGGUGAUGAUUGAUCGAUAGCUCGCCACUGCUUCUCAACUGUGCUGGAGUAUCUUCCUCUUUCCGCCCCGGAGAUGAUAUAAACUGUCAGAGAGAUUUCACUGUUGUCUUUUUUUUUGUGCGUUCAGAUUGGUUCUCAUGAGCUUUUUAGAGGUUCAAGUCUGGGAACAUUUCUAAAGAGACCUGUUUGUGUUUAGUCACAAAAAUAAACUAUUCAGUAGUUAAGAUGAUGUGUAAUAAAGUCUAGUAGCUUUUUUUCUUUGAGCUCUUGUUAAAAUUCCUUAAAUGUUUGGUGACAUAGCUAACAUUCGGGUGGAAUUUAGGAUCGUCAGUACAUUCACUACAUUUUAAAAGUUAAUCAGAAUGAUGUACGCCUGUUCUAUUGUGUAUGCGUCUGUCGGCGUCAGAUAUGCACACGUUGUAAAAAAUGUUUUUUUUGUUUGUGUCCUAAUCGAAUGGCUUUACUUCUGCUUUGAGCUCUUUUGGGUAGAAAAAGAGACUAUAAAUCUCAAGAGUCAAAUACAAGGAGGUAGGAUAGGCUUUGUGUCCAAUCCUAACUUAAGAUCAGAAUGCUUAACUUUGCUUUGCAUGAUCUCAAGUUAAGUUUCAGGCCUGAGUGAGAUACAGUCAGUCACCUGUAUUUAUUUACCCAUAGUUCCACAGUCCUACAGGCCUCACACCAGCCCGUCAGUCGGAGACCCAGACAGGGUCCCAAAUGGCUCCCUAUACAGUGCACUAGAACCCUAUGGCCCCUGGUCAAAAAGUAGUGCACUAAUAUAAGAAAUAGGGUGCCAUUUGGGGACGCGGGCGGGCAGAGGUGUGCGCUCACGCUAAGGAGUGGCCCAGACUAGACAGCUCAGACGAUCAUGCACCUCAAUGGGAUUCAACUCCAGACUUUUCACAUGGCGUCACCCGACCACCGCUAAAUCAAAGUUGAGCCUUUCUCCAAAACCUGGACAGAAAGAUGGAAUCCGCCUGUUGUUCUGUCUGUCUGGGCGUUGGAUGCUAAAUGAACUAGCCAGAGCAGAGCGAGGCAUGUUGUCUCCCGUCUCCGGAGGUGUCAGACUCAGUCUGCGGGUAUCGGAAUGUAUGGAAAGACACUUUGAUUGUGUUUGUUGCUGUUGACAGACCUGAGUAAUUAUCCAGCUUCAUGGGGAAUUGUCUUCCCAUAGGAUUGUCUUCUCUGAAACAACAGCGUAUUCUGAUGUUGUGAUGAAGAUGAUGUGUUUGGCCAGAGGAGUCAACGUUGUCUGUUCCAAUGUCUGAUAUAGAGUGAGUCCCAAAUGGCACCCUGUUCGCUAUAUAGUGCAGUACUUUUUGAUCAGAGCCUGGUCAAAAAGAGCCUGUGUUGUUGUUUUUAAAUCACACUGCUUUGCUUUAUCUUGGCCAGGUCGCAGUUGUAAAUAAGAACUUGUUCUCAACUGGCUUACCUGGUUAAAUAAAGGUGUAUAAAAUGUCGGGUGCCAUUCGGAGCGCUGCCGUAGACUUCUGUACCUCAGGCUAGCAGUAUUAGUCACCAAACAGGCCUUUUCUUUAUCAACAAGACCUCUGAAGCAUCUUUUAAAUCGUUUUGUUUUAUAUUCUUAAUUUUUCUACGACUUGGAUUUAAAAAGCAGCAUGAUAAAAAUGUUUUGCAUGGGGGAGCACCGUUCAAAGAUGUUAUUUUGCACUACGUAAGAGAAACAAUAGCGAAUACGGGCGUAUUGAAACCAUUCUCUUCAACAUGCUGUGCAGUGUUGCUGUAUUGUUGAACAGAAGAUCACACUAAAUUGAAAAUAAUGGCAGAAUUCAAUAAGAAAAAUAUUUUAUGUUUAAAAAAAAAAAAGACAAAUUGGAUGACAAUAUUGCCAUGAAUAUUUGUUUUGGUAUGAAUGUUGCUGGGCAGCAUUUUCUCUUUUAGCUAGACUAGCUUUUUUUUUUUUUUUUUUAUAUACGAUUAUAUUGGGGUAACGUGCAUUUGUAAAUUAAAAUUGAGUACAAACUUUCAA